AUGUCGUCGAAAACAAUUUCAAGUGAAUGGCGAAAAAAAGGCAAUGAAAUCUAUCUUUCGGCUGCGAAUCUUUUACCAACACUGAGAAAACAAAGGAUACAACAAGCCAUUCAUAUUUACUUGAAUGCUUUUCAGACACAAGCGAACAACGAUGAGCUUUCUAGUGCUGCGAAAAAUCUAGCCAUGGCAUCAUGGCGCCUCGCCGAAGUUCUCGAAGAGAAAUAUGCACAUAUUUACCAACUAAAAGAAUCUGCAAGAUAUUUCUCCAUUGCUUACAACGCGGGCCUGUCAAGCAAGGCACAAAGUUGGAUUGAACCUUUGCUUACAAGUACUAGACAAUUUAUCGAGGAUGCUAUUCAAUACUCACUGAAUUUGAGCAACUUUAAAGAAAGGUCGAAGUUUCUCUAUGAAAUUGGUGCUGCAAUUAGCGAAGAGAACUUAAAAGCGUUCUGUUUUUUAAGUCUGGCUGAUGCCACUUUUAAAGCAGGCGUUUCAGAGCUCGCUAAAGGCAAGUAUAAAGAGUGUUUGGCUUUGAUGCAUGAGUGUUACCAGCCUGUGGAAGAGGCAAGGAGAUACGGUCACUGUGAUCCAUUUGUGACCACAGAAGUGGCUGUGUACGAGGGUGAUAUUUUCCUGCAUCAGUGCACGGCCGAAUCAAUCCAAGCACGCUCUACCGGGGAUGACCUGUUUAGCUCGGUGUUACGUGAUGAAGACAACCUUAACGUCGAUAUGAUAUGGGAGGUUGUUGAUUGGUACAAACAAUCAAUCCUAUUAACAAGGGAGAAAGACGUGGAAUUCGAGGCGAUUGGGCAUAGUCGGCUUGGGAGGGUUUACGACCAGGUGCUUAAACUAAAGUUCAAAGCCAAAGAAAACUUCAUGCGUUGUCUUGAGCUCGUUAACUCCUUGUACCCGAGAGUGUUCACCUCCGAGAAAUGGUACCAGGAAGCUACAGAAGCGUUGAACCGCUACCAGCAGGAAACAGUGAGGAAAGAGGAGGAAGCAUGGUCGGCUGAGAAAAAUGAAAUUUUGCUCGAGUUGAAAGAAGACAUAAAAAAGUUGGAAGAGCUUUCGGAAAACGUAGAAGAUCUCUUACGACAUAUCUACAAGACACACCCGCCGAAGAACAAAAAUCAGAAGCUUAAUGAGUCAUUGCUUAGUGGUGAAAAUCGAAAUGUCAAAAAAGCUCUUCGUGAAAGUCUGUUGCAUUACCAUCCAGAUCGACUUAAAGCUAAAGACCUCGGCAAGAAGUGGGUUGUACUUUGCGAAGAAAUUACUAAAUACCUAAACCGAAAGUACGAGGUGUAUAAGUAA